GGAAAUUUGAUGUUACUCAUGUUACUGUGGUUUUAUAAAAAUAAUACUUCUAUUUCGUUUUAACAUUUAAAUUCGGUGAAAUACUUUAUUUACUGUAUCUUGGAUUCACAUUCUUCUUUUGACCUAGAUAUCAAUUGUUGGUGAAUAAAUGUAUCGUAAUUUAAAUUAAAUAUCUAGGUUACAAGUUUGCAUGACGCUUUAUAGUAAACUUUAAAUACCAAAGCAACCAGUGGUGUCUUUACCAUGCAAACCGAAGAGAAACGUUCGAAACAAGUGGUUGAUUUGGCUUCUUUAGAGCCGAAUACAAGAGUUAAGCAGUUGGCGAACUAUGGUGCAAUGGUUGAUGUAGACCCGAACGUUCCACCUAGAAGGUAUUACAGAUCAGGCUUGGAAAUGGUCAGAAUGGCAAAUGUUUAUUUAACGGAAGGAAGUCUUGAAAAUGCUUAUAUUCUGUAUAUAAAGUUCAUGACAUUAUUUCUGGAGAAGAUUCGCAAGCACCCUGAGUAUGCAGCAGUACCAACCUCCGUGAAGGCUGUUAAUCAAGCUAAACUGAAGGAAGUCAUGCCUAAAGCUGAAAAACUGAAACAAAAGCUUCUUGAUCAAUAUGCUAAAGAGCAUGCUCUCUAUCAGGAACAGGAAAAGAAGCGUGCAGCAGCAGAAGAAGAAAGGAGAAAGCAAGAACGUGAAGACGCCAAACUGGCCGAACGCCUUCAAGCUGAUGAGAACAAAAAGGAUGCGCACACAGCUACACCACACUUGAUGCAUGCUGAACAAUGGGCGGUGUCGCCGUCAGUGCCCACGAUGGACGGCGUGCGCUACCCUGAUGACUUCGCGAACGAGCCGCCGCGAGCACCGUCGCAUCACUACCAGCCGGUGCCGCCGCUCAUCCCUCCGUCGCGACCACAAGCUGGCAGCGCGAGCGUGGAGACGUUGUUCGGCGCGGCGCGGCUGCGCACGGUGGUGGUGCCGGCCGGCCUGCUGGCGCGCUUCCUGCGCCUCGCCGCCUCCAACACCGCGCGCAACGUCGAGACCUGCGGCAUCCUCGCCGGCAUACUGGAACGCGACCAGCUGAAGAUAACGCACGUGAUAGUGCCCAAGCAGACUGGGACGCCAGACUCGUGCAGCACCAACAAUGAGGAGGAGAUCUUCCACUACCAGGACCAACAGAAUCUCAUUACUUUGGGAUGGAUACAUACUCACCCAACACAGACGGCGUUCCUAUCGUCUGUGGACCUGCACACGCAAUGUUCCUACCAGCUCAUGAUGCCCGAGGCCAUCGCUAUCGUAUGCGCCCCCAAAUACAACGAAACUGGUUAUUUCGCGUUGACGCCAGACUAUGGGAUGCAGUUCAUCACUAACUGUAGGCUGACCGGUUUCCAUCCACACCCUGAUGACCCACCUCUCUUCCAUACCGUACAACAUAUAAAAGUGGAUGACUCCGCACCCGUCGAGAUCGUUGACCUUAGGAGAUGAAGUCAAUCAUUUAAUUAAUACAUUCACUCUUCCAUCACAAAGCUUGCGUUCACUCGUAGAAUUAUGGCCUGUCUUAAUAAUCGAUUGGUAGAUUUCGCUUCUAGAGAAAAAAAUACAAGGUUUCAAUCAAAAUUACAUUUAACCUAUUCUUUAGUACCUCCCAAAUCUGUUUCCAAAACUGACUGAGUACAGCGGUUAUUCACGAAAUUGUUCACGAAUACUCAACUAAAUUCAAGCCAGGCCCGGAGUUCAUAAUACACAAUGUAAUGCAAGCCUCUAGAAGCCAAAUCUACUGACAGACAGAUUGUGAAGACUGGUCGUUAGUUUUAUUAUAUCAAACUAAUGCUGUUCCAUGCCAAGUAUUAUUGGAAUAAAUAUAGUGAUCGUCGUGUUGUUAGGGUCCUAUUGGACACGGAAUGUAUAAUAACUGGAGGGUUCAUUUCUAUGACGUAUCACUUUACUUGUGUUGCCACAGUUCAAUAAUUUAAAGGGUUUUUAUGUUAUAUGAUAUCUUUUAAAAGUGCUACGGUGUA